UCAAUCCCUAGUACAGUAGUAGGUAACUAAGGAAUAUUCGAGGAAGAUAAAUUAACACAUAAAAUAGGGCUCCCUGUGGUCUUUUGUGCUUGCAUUUCUUCUUGACAACAAGCAUCAAGAGAAGCCAAACACAUAGUUUGGAACUUUUACCGAAAAUGCCACCAAAAAAGAAGAAGGGAAAGGGGAAGGGAAAAAAGAAAAAGAAGAAGGGAGAUGAGAAGACAGAACUCACCAUCGAAGACAAAUACAAACGAACGUUGGAGGAAAUCGAGUGUCUUAAAGAUGAGCUAGCAACCAGGACAGAGCUGACAAGGCGGGCACGGGAUACUGCAGAAAGGAUGAAAGGCAAGAUGCUGGAGGCAAAAGAAGAAGUUGGUACAGAACAGCAGAACAAGCUGGACAUCUCUUCAGAUCUGACUCGUCAGUACAAGACCAUGCAGUCGGAAAUGGCUUUACGAAUCCACAUGCUUGAGCAGACUGUUACUAAGUUACGAGGACAACUGGCAAGUACUGAAGAAGAGCUCCAAAAAACAAGAAAGGAAAGGGAUGAUAUGAGAAGAGAAAAAGAUCAAAUUAUUUCUGAGCUGAAGUUCAAAAUUGAACAUAUGGAGUCUGUAUAUGAAAGUAUACUUCAUGACGCAUUUGACAAGAUGACAUUGAAAGUGGACGAAGCAAGAUCAAAAUGGGAGACACAGUCAUCUGAGAUUCAAGAGAGGAACAAGCAAAUAUUAUUAGAGUUUGGCUUAAAUCCGUUAGAAAUAUAGCUUAAGGGAUGUCCGGGGGGGGGGGGGGGGGGGGGGGGGUACUCCCUAUAUCCAUCGGACAGGGAUCAUUGUCGUAUCUUUUAGGGUGUAAAUUGGAGCUUUGUGUAUCUUUUAGGGGUGAAAAUGAGAAUGCCCAGAUUUUUUUUACCUCGUUAUCUUUUAGGGUGCUAUUAUAGCUCAUGAAAAAGUGUUAAAAUUUGUCAUUUAGUGUUUUUAGAUCACUCACCAGCAAAAAAAUCACACAACCCACUGUAUCUUUUAGAGGGUAAAUUCAUGCCUAACCACGCCCAGGUUAAAAUAUAACAAGACUAUGCCCACUUUAGUUUGUUUAAAAAAAAAUCCAGACGAUGAUCCCCAUCUGUUUGAUAUCGGAGUACCCCCCGGGGAUGUCAUGGUCCACUUGAAAAAAAAAUAUGACUGUAUUCUCAGAAAUUUUCCCAUGUGCACUCUGUUCAAAGGCUUUGCUUCAUUAAUUGCAGCACUUUUGGGAAACAAAAAGUAUUAUUUCUUGAUUUCUUUUUUUUUCUACCCCUCUCGAAAACUAAGCUUAGGGGCUAGACCCAAAAUCUAUACUUCUACAGUGUUUGACAGCGUUUGACUGUAGACAGACUUAUAAAAUAAAACUUAGGAGACUUCCCCCGUCCUUCCCCACCUAUAAGACGCCCAAAACAAAGACGUUUAUGGCAAAACCCCUGCAUUCGUUUUCAGCACAAAACUAAACUUCGUGAAAAGGUAUUGACGAAGCUAUUACUGGUAAAUCACUAUGUUUUAUAGUGCAAAUAGGGAAGAUAUGUUGUUCACAUUUUGGGUUUUGUUGGUGUAAAAAUACACUGCACUUUUUCUUAUCCACAACCAAAUAGCAUUGGGAGUUGGGACUUUUAAAAUCGAAAUAAUCCAAAAUGUGACAAUAUUAUGAAAGCAGGAGGGUUAUGGAUAAUGUUGUAUACAACAUUAAAUUGUGUCAUAAACAGAAAGCAGACUUUAAUAGCAUUGCAUAUAAAGACGAAUGUAUUGUUUUCCAAGUACAAGGUGAUGUUUAUCUGUAUAUACAAAGCUGUUAUGCGUCACGCGUUACUAACUAUGGAUUAAAUUGGAAAUUUCUACUUUUAGGUUUGACUUCUGGGCUUAUAAAAUUAGAAAUUUGCACACUGGUGGUUGCUCAUCCUCAGAAAUGCCACGAUUUUCUGUCUUUCCUUUUUACUAAAUGAAAGAAAAAGUCCAUGCGAAGCAACUUUGUCAGAAGUUGUGGCAAGACUUGUUGAGACCUGUCAUUGCUGUGUAAACAGUCCUCAAUACAGAUGAGUUGAAUCUUUGAACACAUCAAGAGUAGUGACAAAGUUGUUUCCUAGGGACUUUUUUUUUCUGGAUUGAACAGUGAGAGAAAAAAACCCUGGAUUUCUUAAAGAUGGUAUGAAUGAAAUCAAGCCUAACUAACAUAUAAAUCUUUACAAUUUCGAUUGUAUGCAAUCAACUAAACUGCAACAAUAAUAAAUACUUAUUAAACAAUGAUUGAAAAACUACAAUAAAAUCACCAUCAAGCUGAAA